AUGGCAGAAGAAACUCAUCCAAUUCAUCUUCCACCCAGCGAAUUAGGAACCAAAGACUACUGGGAAACCUUCUACGCCCGAACCCUCACACACAUCUCCACAAAACAGAACCCCAACAACCCCAACCAAGAAACCACGAAUGCCGACUCAGACGCCGAAUCAGUCGACGACGACGACGACCCCGGCACAUCAUGGUUCGCAGAACACAACGCCCCGGAUAAAGUCCUCCAAUUCCUAACGGAAGAGGACUUCCCACUUGCACCGUGCAACACUGUCCCCACGGGGGCCAACCACCCCAGUAUCCUGGACCUAGGGACCGGGAAUGGGAGCAUGUUGGCUCUGUUGCGUAAGCGGGGCGGGUUCCGGGGUGUGAUGGUCGGGGUGGAUUAUUCGGCGCGGAGUGUGGAGUUGGCGAGGGAGUUGCAGAGGUUGAAGAUGCAUUCGGCUUAUUUGACGGAUGAGGAGGAUGAGGAUGGUGCUGGGGAUGGUGGUGAUGGUGAGGGUGAGGGGCAGAUUAGAUUUGAGGAGUGGGAUAUUUUGCAUUCUGCAGAGGAGGUGACUGAGCAGGGGAAGUUGGAUUGGUUUCCAUAUGGGGAGGGUGGGUUUGAUAUUGUGCUUGAUAAGGGGACGUUUGAUGCUGUUUCGCUUUCGGACGAGGUGGUUGAGGGUGAUGCGGAUGUCUCUGUGGCUGGGAAGAAGGUGCAGAGGCGGGUUUGUGAGAUGUAUCCUGGGGUUGCGAGGCGUCUGGUGAAGAAGGGUGGGUUUUUGGUGGUCACGAGUUGUAAUUGGACUGAAGAGGAGUUGGUUAUGUGGUUUACCAGGGAGAAGGGGGAGGGCGAUCGGUUGGAGGUUUGGGGGCGUGUUGAGUAUCCCCGGUUUAGAUUUGGGGGACAUGAGGGUCAAGGGGUUUGUACAGUGUGUUUUAAGAGGGUUUGA